AGAAGAAAAAAACGCCACGCCACGCCAGGGCCGGCCAGACAGAUUCUUCUCCGCCUCCGCCUCCGCCUCCGCCUCCGCGUGACUUAGACUUGGGGUGUCGUCGCCGAGUUUUCUCCGGCGGAGGGCGGCGCGACCGGCAACCAGCGUGAGCGCGACCACUCGGCGACAUGACUCGCGGCAACCAGCGUGACCGCGACCGUGAGCGCGCGGCGGCGCGGAAGCCCAACGCCAAGGGCUCUCAGGACGGGCUCACCCCGGAGCAGCGCCGCGAGAGGGACAAGAAGGCGCUGGAGGAGAAGGCGGCCAAGAAGGCGCAGCAGGCAGCGGCCGGCGGCACCGGGACCUCCACCGACAACAACAACAACAACAACAAGAAUAAGGCAGGUGGCAAGAAGUAGGCGCCCCCGUCCACGCGCGCGCCGCCACCUCUGUACGAUUAUCGAUCGAUGCCUUUAGCUUGUAAACCUGUUCGCAUCCACCUAGAUGCGAUGCUUGUUGGGUCAUAAACUCGUCUUCUGUUACUCUGAUGAUAUCCACAUUUGGUGAUGAGAAUAAUACAUUGUGUUCUGCUCUUUCUA